AUAAUGCCGAGCCGACCGUUAGCUCCAACAAGAAGCAGCGUCGAUAUCCGUUCGGACCUUGGAGGGUUACAUUUACCCAACACUUAUUUUCAAAUGGGCCCCGUCGCCUAGCGUUUACUCCCCCAGCCUCGCCGACUGAGUUGAAUUGGGUGCUACUGAACACCAAGCACAUCCUGAAGGUUUCCAUCAAGCACACGGUACAGAGACCAACAACAGAAGAAUGGCAGCUAUUCCAGCAGGCGGUUCUCUUGUGGCGACCACUGACUACUACCGAAGGCGCAUCGGCUCUACGUCCAGCAGCAGCUCUUGCGGCAGUUCGGAGUACAGUGGGGAGGUCAUCCCUCACCAUCCAGGGCUCCCCAAGCAGGACUCUGGUCACUGGUGGUCCAGUUUCUUCUUUGGGAAGCAGCCUGGGAUGACCCCACUGACUGAAGAGGCACAGCAGAAGGCGGGGGUCACAGGUGUGGUGACGAAUGGUCAGAUCACCUGCGUUGCCAGGGAGAUGGUGAUGCAACGGCAGGCGAGUGAGAGCAGUGACGCAGGAAGUCCCACCUCCUCCUGAUCCUGCCGUCUCACUCCAGUCCACACCGCACCUCGGGGGAUCCAAACCAACGACCAACACUAGGUGACGGGAGGAUGUCCCGUUUACAACCUUAUUAGUUGUUUUUUUUAUAUGAUUAUUGUUAUUAUUAUUCAUUGUAGUAUAGGCUGCCUUACUUGUUUUUGUUUCCCUGUGUUUUUUUAUUGACAACCAAAAAAAACUGAAAAAAAAAAAAAAAAGCAGAUGAUGCAACCAACAAGAUCCUUUCUUUUGUAACAUUUGUAAUGUUCUCUGUAAUCUUGUAUUGCCUAAACACUGUGGUGCAUACACGUCCACAUGCCUUUGUUAAACAUUUUUCACUUUGUCACCUUGUGAACUGCAAUAAAGUAGACUCUUGCAGCCUAA